AUGGCGGCGGCGGCGGGGGGCGGGUCGCGUCCGCGGGGCUGUCGGGCGGCGGGGGCGUGGGCGCCGUGCGCGGCGCUGGCGCUGGGGUGGGCGCUGGGGUGGGCACUGGGGGCCGCCCCCCCCCACCGCUGCCGCCCCGACGCCGCGCUCCUGCCGCCGCCGCUCCGCCAGCUCGGGGGGGCCGCGCUGCUCCGCGUCGCCGUCCCCCGCCUCCGCGGCGGCUGGAGCCCCUGCCAGCUCUACCGCUACCGCCCCCCCGCCACCGGCAGCCCCCCCCGGCCCAACGGCACCGGGCCCUGCACCCGAGGCUGGCACUACGCCCUGCCCGCCGCCGGCCUCCGCUCCAACCUCGUCACCCAGUGGGACCUGGUGUGCGCCUCGCGCUGGAAGGUGCCCCUGGAGCAGACCACCCACUUGCUGGGCUGGACCCUGGGCAGUGUCACCGCGGGCCUGGCCUGCGACAGGUUCGGCCGCCGGCCCGCCUUCGUGGUGUCCCUGGUGCUGGCGGUGCCGCUGGGGCUCGGUGUGGCGCUGGCCCUGAACUUCGUCAUGGUCCUUGUCACACGGCUGCUCUUCGGCUCGGCGCUGGCUGGCGCCUUCCUCUCCCUCUACGUGGCAAGGCUGGAGCUGUGCGACCCCCCGCACCGGCUGGGGGUGACGAUGGUGGCCGGCUUCUUCUGGAUCGCCGGGGAGCUGCUGCUGCCGGGGCUGGCCGUGCUGUGCCGGGACUGGCGGGUGCUGCAGGGGGCUGUCACCAUGAUCCUGGCUCUGCUGGCUGCCUGCUGGUGGUGCCCGGCGCUGCUGCUGGAGUCUCCACGCUGGCUGCUGGCCACCUGGCAGCUGGAGAAGGCCAGGAAGACCCUGCAGGCACUGGCUGAAAGCAGUGGCCCCGGCUCCCACGAUGGCUCCUGCCACCAGGAAAGCCUCCUUGCAGAGCUGGAGUCCCUGGCUGAAGGGUCCCUGCAGCCCCAGUACCACACUGUCUGUGAGAUCUACGGCACCAGGGUCAUCUGGAAGAACGGAGUCAUCCUUGGCUUUGCAGCGUUCAUCGGCUCCGGCAUCCGCCACUGUUUCACCCGCAACCUGUCCCCCCACCUGCCCAGUUUCUUCUCCUCCUACUUGGUGCUGGUCAGCACUGAGGCAGCUGCCUGCCUCUUUGUCUGCCUGACGGCUGAGCGCUUCGGGCGCCGCGCCAUCCUCCUGCUCUGCACCAUCCUCACCGGCAUCUCCUCCCUCCUGCUGCUGGCCCUCACCCAGUACCUGCUGGAUCUCAUUGUCCUGAUCCUGUCUGUGGUGGGCGUCACUGCCUCCCAUGCUGUCACCAUGCUCAGCAUCUUCUUUGCCAGCGAGGUCCUUCCCACUGUGGUCAGGGGCGCCGGGCUGGGCCUCGUGGUGGGGGCCAGCUUCGUGGGCAAGGCAGCGGCCCCCAUCACCGCCAUCCCCAACAGCCGUGGCUUCUUCCUGCACCACGUUGUCUUCGCCUCCUUCGCCAUCCUGGCUGUCCUCAGCAUCAUGCUGCUGCCCGAGAGCCAGGGCCGCCGCCUGCCCCAGUCCCUACAGGAUGGCGAGAGCCAGCGCCGGCCUCCCCUCUUCCACCGGCCCCCCCGCGAAGACCACCUGCCCCUGCUCACCCCCCAUGGCAUCCCCCAUGACUACUCCCGCCUUGCCACCUCCACCAAGAGGAUGCUGAACUCCCCAGCCCCUCCCUGUGAGACAUAGCUGUGCCCCCCACCCCCUCUUGCCCUCAGGGUCUCCCUGCUGCUGGGGGGGGGGACUGAGCACAGAGCCAGGACCCUCACAGAUCGCCAAGACCCCCAUCCCUGGGUGCUUGCGGGGAUAGUGGGGUCCACCGAGGACGUGUGUGAUGGCUGGGCUAGGGGGGUGUGACAAUGCACCCACCCCACAGUGGGGCCGGAUCCUGCCCCAGGAGGAGCUGUGCUGGGAG